AUGCAACAGGAUGGGGUGUACAGACACCGCAUCUCCUUGCUGCUGCUGCUGCUGCUGCUGCUGCUGCUGCUGCUAAGUGCUGCAGGCCCCUCUACCGAAGACAGGGUGCUGGCAAGCAGCACAGCAGCAGCAGCAACAACAGCAGCAACAGCAGCAGCAGGAGCAGCAGCUCGAAGUUCACCUCUCAUUUGUGGGGCAUUCCUACUACGAAACGGUGCAGCAGCAUCGGGAGGCUGGCAACAUCAGCUGCAGCAGCAGCAGCAGCAGCAGCAGCAGAAGCAGCAACUGCAGCGCGGUUGCCUUCGAAGAGUUUAUCGACACAACUCAAAAAAUAUCCUGAGCUAUGGCUCCGCCAGACUCACUCCAACUAGCUGCUGCAGCAGCAGCAGCAGCAGCAACAGCAGCAGCAGCAGCAACAGCAGCAGCAACAGCAGCAGCAGCAGCAGCAGCAACAGCAGCAGCAGCAGUUUGUCGUUACGGGAUGCAGAUUUUCUGCGUCGUCUCUCGAAGUGGAUUUUGCUCCAGGCUGUCUUAGGCAUUAACACCAACCCCACAACUGAAGAGCUGCUGCAGCAGCUGCAGCAGCAGCAACCGCAGCAGCAGCAGCAGCAGCAGCAGCAGCAGCAGCAGCAGCAGGGUCUAGGCCUCAGCAGCAUCGCGGAGUUGCACACAAAGUACGCCACUUUGCUUCCAGGAGAAGCAGCAACAGCAGCAGCAGAUUCCCUCGCGCCCCAGCAGCAACAGCAGCAGCAGCAGCAGCAAAAUCAGCAGCAGCAGCAGCAGCAGCAGCAGCAGCAGCAUGCAGCAGUGUGCGGGCGUAUAUCUGCAAUUCGACAUGGGGGUUCAUUUGUCGAUAUAUCAUCGCUCUCUUCGCUUCCCUGCGGCAGCAAAAAUAAACUGCAGCUAUACUUCGGUGCUUACUCUUCUCAAGCUGCUGCUGCUGCUGCUGCUGUUGCUGCUGUUGCUGGUGAUGAUGAUGGGGUCCCAACAGCUUUAGUGGCUGCUGGGCAGCAGCAGCAGCAAAAUCAGCAGCAGGAGCACCUGUCACGUCAGCCGCAACAGCAUCCGCAGCAACAGCAGGAACAGCAACAGCAGCAGCAGCAGCAGCAGCAGAAGCAGCAGUUGCUGCCGCAGCAGUUGCUGCCGCUGCUGGAUGUUGGUGAUGUUGUAUUUGUGAGGGGUUUAAUUAAGAAGACGAAGACAGGAGAAUUAAGUUUAGAUUUAUCUCUGAAGGCACAGCAGCAGAUACACCGCAGCGGGCCCCACAGGCUGCUGCUGCUGCUGCUAGCGAAGCAACUUCUUCCUGCUGAUGCUUACAGCAGCAUGCAGCACUCACCUGCUGCUGCUGCACUCUCUACAACUCGCUCGCUGCUGCUGCAGUACAUUGCAGCACAAGGACCCCAUGCUAUCUUUGCUGCUGCGCAGCAGCUGCAGCAGCAGCAGCAGCAGCAGCAGCAGCUCCUGCUGCAGCAGCAGCAGCGCGAAGGCAGCCGUAACAACCCCUGGCUGCCGCAACUGCUAAUGCUGCAGCAAUAUUUAGGUAGUCUGCAGGAGCAGCUGCAGCGCGCUGCUGUAGAGCAGCAGCAGCAGCAACAACAACAGCAACAACAGCAGCAACAGGAACCACAGCAGCAGCAGCAGCAGCAGCUGCAGCAGCACGAGCAACGGGUGGAGGAGGAUUGGUCGGAUGCAGAGGAAGACGGCGACGAGCAGCAGCAGCAGCAGCAGCAGCAGCAGCAGCAGGAUUGCCUGAGCAGCGGGGCAGCGAGUGUGUCUUUGCUGCUGCAGCAACCUGAGAAGCGAAGGCUGCUGCUGAGCAGAACAGCAGCAAUUGAAAGCAUACGCUGUUUUUUAAGUGCAAAGGGAUAUCUCUCUGUAGACACGCCCUAUCUGCUGCCCGCGCAGGAGCAGCAGCAGCAGCAGCACCAGCAGCUGUUGCAGCAGCUGCAGCAGCAGCAACAGCAGCAACAGCAACAACAACGGGGGGUCGCUGCUGCGCCUCUUCCUCCUUCGGAGACAGCGCGGCUCUUCUCUUCUCGGCUUAACGCACUAUAUGAAUUAGGCCGCUGCUUCCGCAAUGAAGGAUUGUCGUGGAAGCACAAUGUUGAAUUUACCUCUGUUGAGGUGUAUAGUGUUCUUACAACGGCAGCAGAAAUGCGGCAGCUAGCGCAGCAGCUAAUUGCUGCUGCUGCUGCUGCUGUCGCCCGUCACGCUCCCUCAGCAGCAGAAACAGCAGCAGCAACAGCAGCAACAGGUCAAGCAGCGAGAGCUGGCGCAACAGCACCACCAGCUUCAGCAGCAGCAACAGGAGCAGCAGCAGCAGCAGCAGCAGCAGCAGCAGCAGCAGGAGCAGCAGCAGCAGCAGCAGGAUUAACCCGGGAGGGGCUGCUGCUGCUACGAAACGAAGAAGCAGCUGGGGGUUUAAUAAAAGUUAAUCUGAACGACCCGUUUGAAGAAGCAGAAUAUUUUGAUCUAAUUGAUAAAUAUACAAACAUUAACCUGCUGCAACUCACUCAUGAACAAGCCCUUAAGAAGACUGAGCUGCUGCUGCAGCAGCAACAGCAGCAGCAGCAGCAGCAGCAGCAGCGUGUGCAGCUGCCUCGAAGCUGUUAUGUCGGGAUAGAACAUCUCUCUGCUUUUUUAUUUAAGCGGUUUGUUGAGAAGCACUUAAUAACUCCAAUUCAUGUGCUGCACCCUCCGUUGCUGCUGUCUCCUCUUGCUGCUCCUGCUGCAGCAGCAACAGCAGCAACAGCAGCAACAGCAGCAGCAGCAGCAAAGUGUGGGGUUGCAUUAGCAGAACGAUUUGAAACAUAUGCAGCAGGGAUGGAGUUAGCCGAUGGAUAUGCAGAGUUGUGCUGCGUAGCAGAACAGAGAAGGAGACUGCAGCAGCAGCAGCAGCAGAAGCAGCAGCAGCAGCAGCAGAGUCCUGCUG